AUGGCAGAGUUAACCCGCCAGAAUCAGGAAUUGACCAGGGAGAUUAAUUUGAAGAAGCAACGCUAUGGGGGGUACACUGAAGGUCAAGCCCAAAAUCAGGAAGAUAGGGAAAACGCUAAACCUGAAAGCCAAUCAAGGGGUACCACAUCUAGAAAGGUGCUCAUGCAAAUCAAAGAUGACCCUUCUUUAAAGUGGUCGAAGAAGAUGAAAGGAGAUCCUAACAAGCGCAAUAAGAAUAAAUAUUGUUGCUUCCAUAGAGAUCAUGGGCAUGACACGGACAAGUGUUAUGACUUGAAGCAGCAGAUCGAGAAUCUCAUUAGACAAGGAAAGUUAAGGCACUUCGAUGGAAGGGAUCAUAAAGAUGAGAAGUUGAAGGGAAAGAUGGAAGAAUCAUCACGGCCCCCACUAGGAGAGAUAAGGGUUAUCAUUGGAGGAACUUCAACAAGACAGUCUUCUAAGUCAAAGAAGACGUAUCUCAAAGUGGUUCAAAACGUCCAACUCUCUGGACGAUCACCAAGGACGAGGGGUAUAGAUGAGCUAGCUAUUUCUUUCACGGACGAGGAAGCCGAAAGAAUCUAUCACCCUCAUGAUGAUGCAAUUGUCAUUACUUUACUUAUCGCAGAUUACACAACUAGAAGAGUGUCGGUGGAUAAUGGAAGUUCAGCAGAUAUAUUGUAUUACCCCGCCUUUUAG